CUGAAUACUUCGCGCACAGCUCGGAGAGGAGGCUGAGCAGAGCGCACAGCAGAAAACGCACAGAUCUUCACUAUCAUGUAGAAUAACUGGGACAAAUUAGGAUUUUUUUUAAUWUGAGGAUGACUUCUGGAAUUUAAAAGUGUAAAAACAUGAUUGUUUUUCCAAAUAAUCCCAGGAUUGGCUGUGCGCGCUGAAGUGACCAUGGCGCAUUUUACGCACUGCAGGUAACCGGAGUUUUGGAGGCUGACGCGCAACAAAACAUGGAUUAAACAGUUUGUUUUUAAAAUCCACACCAGCCGGGCCGACAUGGCGGCACUUCGCAGAAAAUUCGGAGAGGACUACCAGGUGGUGAACACGAACCGGGCCGCCACCUUUGCCGCUCCGGUGAAGAAGAAGCGCCAGCGGUUCGUGGAGAAGAACGGCCGCUGCAACGUGCAGCACGGAAACCUGGGCGGGGAGACCAGCAGGUACCUGUCGGACCUCUUCACCACUCUGGUGGACCUSAAGUGGCGCUGGAACCUCCUCAUCUUCAUCCUGACCUACACAAUCGCGUGGCUCGUCAUGGCAUUCAUGUGGUGGAUCAUCGCGUACAUCCGGGGAGACCUGAACCACGGCCACGACUCGUCCUACACKCCCUGCGUGGCCAAUGUUUACAACUUCCCCUCCGCCUUCCUCUUCUUCAUCGAGACCGAGGCCACGAUCGGGUACGGCCACCGGUACAUCACGGAGAAGUGCCCGGAGGGGAUCAUCCUCUUCCUCUUCCAGUCGCUGCUGGGCUCCAUCGUGGACGCCUUCCUCAUCGGCUGCAUGUUCAUCAAAAUGUCCCAGCCCAAGAAGCGCGCAGAGACGCUCAUGUUCAGCCAGGACGCGGUGAUUUCCCAGAGAGACGGAAGACUGUGCCUCAUGUUCCGAGUGGGAAACCUGCGCAACAGCCACAUGGUGUCCGCGCAGAUCCGCUGCAAACUUAUCAAGUCUCGUCAGACACCCGAAGGCGAGUUCCUGCCCCUGGACCAGUGCGAGCUGGACGUCGGCUUUGGGACGGGCGCAGACCAGCUGUUCCUGGUGUCGCCGCUCACCAUUUGCCACGAGAUUAAUCCCAAGAGCCCGUUCUUCGACCUGUCGCAGCGCUCCCURUCCAACGAACAGUUUGAGAUCGURGUCAUCCUCGAGGGGAUCGUGGAGACGACCGGUAUGACAUGUCAAGCACGGACGUCGUACACUGAGGACGAGGUUUUAUGGGGCCAUCGCUUCCUGCCUGUGAUGUCGCUGGAGGAAGGCUUUUUCAGGGUGGACUACUCCCAGUUCCACAGCACAUUCGAGGUCCCGACACCCCCGUACAGUGUCAAAGAGCUGGAGGAGAAGAACUCCUUACCCUCCCCUCUGUCCACCCCUARGCCUGCACUAACUGAAGGCCACAGCGCCCGGCGCAACCGGGUGUUUUCCGUGGAUUGCAUCAACGCUUCGGACGAAAAAGCCCGCCUGGGAGGAACUGGGGGUCGACUGCCGAGCAAGCUGCAGAGGAUGAGCUCAUCGGGGAAGGAGGACCUGCAGAGGAAGGUGCUGCUGCUCAGCUCGCAGCACUCGGAGAAGGCCUGCAGCACGGGGGACCUCCCCCUGAAGCUGCAGAGGCUCAGCUCCUCGCCCAGUCCCGUGGCACAGAACCGCCUGCAACUCAAGUCCCUGAAGGUGGGCUUUGAGCCCAUGACGCAGUCCACUGGAGACCUGUACCAGCACAGCCCGCCAACUACACUGUCACCAACUCCAGUUCCUAUGCACAGUCCCCUCCUUUCAGCCGGAGGGAGGCUGGAGGACAAUCUCCCCGCCAAGCUUCGAAAAAUGAACGCAGAUCGCUAAAAUCCAGACCAACACACAGAGAACAAGUGGACCGAUUCAGAGAAACAAAAAAAAUUAUAAUAAAUACUUUUUUUAUUAGAGUUUUACUGGAAUUACUGUGAUUUUGUGUUUCAUAGCGAAGGCAUCGAUGCAGGCUUUGUUAAACACAAAACAACAUCAACUUAUGGCUUACUGUGAACUUCUUCGUUCUGCGAGAGUCGUGCAUGUAUUCACUAAAUCUAUCGUUUCACAUAUGCACCACUGUAUCCGAGUCAAUCCUAGUUUUAAUCUGAAUAUAUAAAUUAUAAUAAUAAAUGCUGAUGGAUUUUC